CAUCCUUUAGCUGCAGCUGGGGAUCCCACUAAGAACGCCUCCGGCCAUAAUCCAUUGUCAUAUGAAAGCAAAAUUCAUGGCAUCCCGAGGCGGCUGCCCCGAACCCACCGCCGGCCUGUCGGUGGGAAGCGUCUGCCUUAAUAAGUGGCAUAUAUUAUAUAUUAGCUUAGGUGGUCCCUCUGCCCAGCUCAAUAGUCCGAUUGAAGUCCAAUUCUUUCGUUUUUGUGUGCAAAAGAACCGUUACUGCAAAAUGAAGAACUCCGUCUUUGCUGUGAGCGUCCUAGCUCUGGCUCGCUCGGCUCUAGCUGCCGACCCUUGUGCUCCUCUCAGCACGGCCGUUCCCUCUUGUGCUUCCUCAUGCAUUGAGAGUGCUGCUAGCAAGGUUGGUUGCACUGACAAGUCUGAUCUUGCUUGCCAAUGCGUUCCUGCAUCAUCGUCUGCUAUCCAGCAGGCUGCCUUGAACUGUGUUCUUGGUGCAUGUGGUUUCGCAUCUGCCCCGGCUGUGCUUGAUGCUGCCUCUUCCAUCUGCGCCUGCGAGGCUACUCGAACCCCGGAUGCUCCCGCCUCCACCUCAUCCGCUACACCAGCUAGCUCUUCACCUGCUUCCACGCCUAACCCUACUUCAUCAUCGGCGGCAGCACCACCUUCCUCUACAUCAGCGGCUCCGGCGUCUACCACAAGCGCUCCCGCGCAGCCUGCUGGUACUGAUCCAUGCACCACUCUUACUACGAGUAUUCCAUCGUGCGCCUCGGCCUGUAUCACUUCCGCUGCUAGCCAAGUCGGAUGCACUGACACCAACGAUCUAUCGUGCCAAUGCAUACCCGCUUCGUCCUCUGCUAUCCAGGACGCUGCCUUUGACUGUGUCCUCAAUGCUUGCACAAAAGACGGUGAGCUCAACUCGGUUCUGGAUGCCGCUUCCACCCUUUGUGCUUGUGAAGCCACUAGACCUCCUCCUACGGCGUCUUCUUCAGCACUAGCUUCUUCUGCGCCCGCGUCGUCCGCCCCGGCGUCGUCUGCACCGGUUUCAUCGGCCCCUGUUACAACAAGCGCUCCUACGCCCGUUAACACCGACCCUUGCACCACUCUUACAACUGCUAUUCCGUCAUGCGCCUCAGCUUGCAUCACUUCUGCUGCUAGCAAAGUCGGAUGCACAGACAACAGUGAUCUCUCGUGCCAAUGCAUCCCCGCUUCAUCCUCCGCCAUCCAACAGGCUGCUAUUGGUUGUGUUAUCGGUGCUUGUACUAAGGAUGGCGAGCUCAACUCCGUCCUAGCUGCUGCCUCGACACUUUGCGCUUGUGAGGCAACACGCACUCCCGCUUCUUCUGCUCCUACAUCUUCUGCGGCUCCAUCCUCUGCCGCUUCUUCUUCGGCCGCCCCAUCUUCAGUUGCUCCCUCUUCACCUAUCACUAGCAGUUCUCCUACUGCCCCAGCGGGUACUGACCCAUGCACUACUCUCACCAGUGCUAUCCCCUCGUGCGCCUCUGCUUGCAUUACAUCGGCUGCUAGCAAGGUUGGCUGCACUGAUACCAAGGAUCUCUCUUGCCAAUGUAUUCCUGCAUCUUCUGCUGCUAUCCAGCAAGCCGCUUUUGGCUGUGUUGCUGGCGCUUGCACUAAAGAUGGAGAGUUGGGCUCCGUCCUUGCUGCCGCUUCUACGUUGUGCGUCUGUGAGGGUAACCGUACUACCCCGACACAGAGCAACCCUGCUUCUAGCAAGCCUACUGACUCUGGCAAGCCCACCGAUUCUGGUAAACCCACCGAUUCUGGAAAGCCUACCGACUCUGGCAAGCCUACUGAUUCUGGCAAGCCCACCGGCUCUGCUAGCCCUACCUGCAAGCCGGGAACUAAGGAUUGUGCUGCCGUCGCUAGCACUGCGGUCCCACAGUGUGCUCAAGCUUGCUUCACCUCUGCUGCUCCCAAGGUCAACUGUGGCCCUAACGACUUCGAGUGCCAGUGCAAGCCUGCCGCUCAGUCCAGCCUUUCUACGAUUCUAGUUCCCUGCGUUGCUGCCAACUGCCCUGGUGCCUCCCUAGGAGCUGUUAUUGCCGGAGCCUCUUCUGUCUGUGCCUGCGCAAAUGCUACACCAACCAGUGACUGCGGUGGCUCUUCUCCUACUAGCGGUUCAUCCCCGACUGGUGGUUCAUCCCCCACUGGCGGCUCUUCCCCUACUGGUGGUUCGUCCCCUACCGGUGGUUCGUCUCCUACCGGUGGUUCGUCUCCUACCGGUGGAUCUUCGCCUACAAGCUGCCCCCCUGGUGAAUCUCAGCCUGGUGGUUCACAGCCUACAGUUGGUAACGGCGGUAACAAUGGCGGUAGCAAUGGUGGCAACAACGGCGGCAACAACGGCGGCAACAACGGCGGUAACGGUGGUAACAACGGUGGUGACAAUGGAAGCAACGGCUCUGGUAACAAUGGCUCUGGCAACGACGGCUCUGGUAACAACGGUGGUAACAACGGUGGCUCUGGUAACCCAGGCGGCGUUGUUACUGGUGCUGGCUCCCGCCUUGAACUCAGCCUUGUCUCUGGUGUCUUUGGCGUUGCAUGGUUCGCUGCCGUUGCUCUCUAAGUCUAAAAGGACAAUUUUGCUUCAUUUUUGGUAUAUAAACUUUGUAUGAUUACGGAUUGGUUUCAGCCCUUGGAUGGCUGGUUUCGCUUCUUUUGCCUUGGUACUAUAUACAACCAAGUGCGUACACGUUUUUCGGUUAGGUGGUGGUUUGGUGAAUAUAAAAACCCAUGGUCAUACAAAAU